AUGAUUAGCCAGCCACCCACCGUCGAGGCCGUCAGUGGGAUUUACGUGAAUAACCAGCGGCUAGAGAAGGUGACGGCGGCGGCGGCGAAUAGCUGGGAAAUGCUGAGACCUACGGUGCCGUUCGUCUCGAAAGGUGAGAUCCUGACGAAGACAAACUUCAGCACUGGCCAGAGUGCACCGACGGCCAGCUAUAUCAAGCUGUUUGGUGGACCGGAAAACCAGAGCCACCAGAGCUCGCUGCCACCGACCAUCCAGUACGCGGAUGAGCUGUCCUCGAUCAAGAAUACGCUGCUCAAUGUGAACCCGGCGCCUGGCGUCGGGGACUACGUCCGGGGGGCGAUUCGUCCUUCAACCAAACCGCCAACAACGCUAUCAACAACGACGUCACCAUUCCCCAGCAACAGUCCCACCCUCACCGUCAAACUCAAACCGAAACAGCAGCACAAGAUUCGCAAGACGACACGAACGACGAGGCGACCCGCGGCAACGGCAACGUUCUUGGCCAACAAGAAGCAGAAGAAGAAGAAGACACCGGAGUUAACACCGGAGAUUAUGACGCUACUGCAGCGCCACUAUUCCUUCAGCUGCACGCUGGUACCGAAGCCCGGGACGGACCUCGGUGCACGUCCAACGCAAUCACCGGCCAGCGAUCCGACGUUGGUGGCCACAACGACGCCCCGGACGACGCGCAUUCGCAAACUUACAACUCGUCGGCCGGCCCCGAUGACUGCCACGGUGACACCGACGACGAACCCCACGACAAAGCCGGCCAAACCGAACCCACCGACGGUUUACGUGGAUCCACCGGUGAUCAAGCGGCUCGCUGGCAUGCUGGAGUCGGUGUACAGCUUCAUGGAGAACGCGCUCACCAGCACCGAGAUCCGGACGUCGGACGAACAGGAGCCCGGUGUAGGAGCAGACGAGAGGCGGGAAGUUGCGGUGAAGAAGGUGAAGCGUUACGCCGGUGUUACGCCGGAGAGCACCGUCGGCACGGUGUCGGCCAAUGUGCCAGCCGAAACGAGGACAGCAGCGUACCAGCGUAGCUCGGAAGAGGCCACCGGCACGAACCGCUUCACUACCGGAUCGGACCGCGUGAUGAUCACCGGGCUGCCGGCAAUGGUGAGCACUGGGACUGCGGAUGGCAACAAGAACAAGAUGACCACCAACAUCCAGGUGACGAGCGAGUAUACGGCCGCCACACCGGCCACCGUCCCCGUCAAGAAGCCGAACCGCGGCGAUGAUGAUGACGACGACGACGGCGACGAUAGUAGUGAGUCGGACGAGUCCGCGGACUAUUACGGUGGCUUCGACGAUGCCGGUUUCGACGACGAUGACGACGAUGAUGAUGAUGAUGAUGAUGAUGACGAGGGAGAGGAGGACGAAGCGAUAAAGCCGCAUCGGCGUCGCCGGCGACCCCUGGUGGUCACCAACGAUAAGGAUUACGAUGACGGUGAUAACGUGGUCGGCAGCUCGGCGGAAACCGGAGAGAGACCGUUACCUAUCCGGAAGCGCCGCAGAAGGAAACCGUCGACGAGCGGUAGCUACGAGGAUAGCGAGGACAGAUCAUCCUACGAGGACGACGACGACGACGAAGAGGACGACGAGGAUGUCGAGUACAGUGCGAAGGAUGACGACGGCGACGGCGACGACGACGACGACGAUCCACCGGAGGGUUUCUUCUCCGGUAUGUUCGCCACGUUCAGUCGCUUUGUCCGCUCGCUCGGCUUCGGUGGCGUGCCGUUCCGUGGCGGCGAUUACGACGAUGAAGACGAACGGGGCCGUAGUACGACACCACGGGUGCUGGCCGUCCGUCCGAGACGACCGACGCGGAGUACCUCCGAUCACGGCGACCACGACGAGCAGGUGUCGCUGGCGACGGUCGGUCCAAGCCGCGGUACGGCCGGCUGGCUACCGUACCCUUCGGCCUACCUCUUCAACGAUGCCGUCGACGUCGAGGAAUCGGGUCCGGAUCGGACUCCAGCAACGUCCGAACCGGUGGUACCAGGCGCCCCGAGCUGGUUCCAUCUGAUGACGCCGUGGGACUUUUUCAACCCAUGGGCCAGUGAGGAGGAGGAGCCUCCACCAGCAGCACCAGUAGCCAGCACUCCAGCCACGGAACCUCCAGCUGUAACGGAGAUGGAGGAGGGAACUUCUUCCUGGAAUCUGCUCGGGGAGUUGUUUGGCGGUGGUGCCGUCGUGGCGUCGACCACCGAUGCCCCCCUUACCACCACCACCACCAGCGGAUCGGCAGCGUUGCCGCAGUUGCUGUCGGUAUUGACGCAGUACGUGGCGAUGCAGGUAGCGAGCACGGUAGCCGGACCCCCCCCGCCAAAUGCCACGAACCUACCAUCGAGGAAAUCCUACGCCGACUAUCAGGUGUGGCGCGUGACGGUGAAGAGCCGGGCGCACCUCCAGUCCCUCGCCGAUUACCGCCGCUCGCCGGCGGGACUCGACCUUCAGUGGUGGAUCGGACCGGCGCGGCGCGGUCCAACCGAUGUGCUCGUACCACCGCCCGGCACCCCACCGCAUUCGAACUUCCGCGAAUACCUACGCGACGAUGGGCUCGGUUACGAGGUGUUGCUGCGCAAUCUGGGCCGGGCGAUCGCGUACGAAAACCCGCGCAUGACAAGGCGGGAACAGCUCGAGACGGAGCUGGUGCACGGUCACCCGUUGACCUGGUACCGGUACCACCGGUACACCGACAUCGUCAAGUAUCUCGGUGCGCUGCAACGGCACCACGCGAACCGUGUCCAGCUGCUGCACAUCGGUCGCUCGUACGAAGGGCGCCCGCUGACGGUGGUUCGCGUUUCCUUCGCACACCGAACACCGAACACGGCCCGCAACGGGCGCAACCAACCCGCCAUCUUCAUCGAGGCCGGCUCACAGGGGCGCGAGUGGAUCGGACCGGCCGUCGCCACCUGGCUGCUGAAACGGCUCGUCGAGAUCCCGGCGCCGGUCAAUGGUACGCGAGACUCGGUGCACACGGUCCAAUCGUACGACUGGUACGUGCUGCCAGUGCUCAACCCGGACGGUUAUCACUAUAGCCACGAGCACGAUCGGAUGUGGUCCAAGAAUCGCCGCAAUUCCAGUGACGAUGACGACGACGGCGACGAGCAGGGCGUUCUGUCCAGUGCGUUAAGUUGGUUGCAGGGUUCUACGGACGGUUCUGUGCCGUGCGUUGGUGUCAAUCUGGAUCGCAACUGGGGCCACCGCUGGGGACAGGGUGCUGGUGCGUCGCGCAGCAAGUGCAGCGAGGAUUAUGCCGGACCGGCACCGUUCUCCGAACCCGAAACGCGCGCGCUGCGUGACUUCCUGUUGGGGGGCGGUCGCAGCCGCAAUCUGCGGUUCUACUUCUCGCUGCGCUCGUACGGUCAGGCCUUGUCCUAUCCGACGGAGAAUAAGAACGGGGAGGAGGAAGAGAAGGAGGAGGAGGAGGAGCAGACCGUAGUGCAGGACGAGGACGUGCACGAGAUGGCAACGGUCGGGCUGGAUGCGUUGCAUAGGACCGGCAGCGACCAGCACCAGCGGUACCGGCUGGUGGCCGGCUCGUUGGGCGGUGCCGCAUCCGGCACGGCGGUUGAGUACGCCCGGUACGGUGCGGGGAUCCGGUACGCGUACACGCUCCGGCUGCCCGACACCGGCACCCACGGAUUCCUGCUGCCACCCUCCAACAUUGGAUCGACCGGGCGUGAUUUGUUCGAGCUGAUCAAGGGUAUGAUCGAGUACAGCUAA